UCGACGUUGUAUGUUUAAUUUUGAAGGUGAAUUUGUAAAUAAAGUUCUUACUCGGCAAAUUUUUCAAUUUCUGCUGGAUUCUACUUUUUAAAUAAACAAAUAAUACUGUAGCAAACAUUAAAUAUCUACGGAAUUGAAAUAUUUUGGUAGUUGGCACUGCGAUUGCCAUGUGAAGUUUGAUUGAAUUCUCAAUCUGAAAACUGAAUUUGCCGGGCGUCUUUCUAAAAAUGUCGGGGAAAUCAUAUACAUUGAAAGAAAUGAAAACCAUUGUGGAUUACUUGGUAGACCACAAAGCGUAUGGAGAAAUAAAAGGUCGUAAAAUGUGGAUGAAUUUUUCCAACUCUCAGCUCACAAACAGAUCAUGGCAGAGUCUCAAAGAGACUUUUUUGAAAAGAAUAUUACCAGAUAUUCACAACCCUUAUUAUAAAUUGAGUAUGGACCAAGUUCGUAGCUUCAGAAAAGGGAUUGAUGUUCGAGAAAACGACAACAAUAAAUUGGAAGUUCAUACAAUCAAUGAAGAUUCUGGUUCAAAUGCUGAAAAUCAGAAAGAUAACGAACAACCUAGCACAAGUAAAUAUAACGACGAAGACAAGACUUCAGGUGAGGAUGUUAAACCUUCUCAAAUUCCAUCUCGUAACAGAGCUUCUGUGGAUACUGUCGUUUUAGACAAUUGCUAUGACACUGUUGAGGAUGUUUUACGAGAUCUGGAAUCUCCAAGUGAUACAAAUGCUAGGGAUGUCAGUCCAAAGACACAAAGUAAAUCUAUAAGAGAUUUGAUUACAUACUCCGAACCACUGACGCCCAUGUUACAAGAAGUUUUGCAUGAUUUUGCUACAGACGAGGAAACUGAUAGUGAAGAACCGAAAAUGCAUAUAGUAGAAAAUGAACCUGAAGCAGAGGUACAGAAACAUAUUUCUCCUCGCAAAGUACCAGAAGCGAAUGAUGUUAACGAUAACACUAAUGAAAACGAAGAAAAUGUCACUGGAUAUGCGCAAGAUGUAGAUGAGGCAGAGAAUUUUGUUGAACCGAAAGUAAAAUCUCUACGGCUAAGAAAACGUCAAGGUGUAUAUGUACCUGUGAAUGAUGUAAAACCAACACAAAAUGCAUCUGGUGACGAAUCGGCGAGAUCUAAAAACAACAAAGCUGAUUCAAAGUUACCCUUGGUAGAAGUUUCUGAACCAUCAAUUAUUUUAUCAAGUGGUAUUAAUGAUAAAACUGUAGAUACGCUAGUGAAAUCUCAUGUCCAGUCUUCUCAAAACUGUUCAAGUAGUACUACCGAUACAGUUCUACCUAAUAACCAAGAAGCACUAAAUGAUAAAAAGUUGCCAGAGACAAAGAAUACCAGUAAUGAAAUAUCUGAUGAUGCAAAUAAAAUGCUUGGGAAAAGGGCUACUUCUAACGACAUACUUACGAAUGCUAACUUACUGAAAGCAAAUGAUAGCAAAACCACUCAAAAACAGAUAUCUGCAUCUGAUACAGAUGUUAAUUCUAUAAAAACUGCUGGCACCAACGCUAAACAUGAUGAAUCAGCUAAAAACCAGAUUAAUGAACAACAAGUAACAAAAGAAACUUUUGAAACAAAUACAGCAAAUGAGACACGUCUGCCCCCAAAUAAGCUUCUUACCACUGACGAUAAAAUUUUGAAUACAUCCACACAACCCUCGCAAGUAAAUCCAUGCUUACAAAGUAUGAGUUUAUUUGCUGAUCAAUUUAACAAUUAUCUUGAAUCAGAAUCCAGUGGCAGUGACGUAAACCCUGAAGAUAAACCCAAACAACCGCUAGAAAUAACAAAAACAAUUAAUAACAAUAAAGUUGAUGAGGUAGUUAUAUUAAAAUCUCAUUCAGACACAGAUAGUGACAGAACUAAAAGAAAAAUUAAGAAGAAUACUACUAAUAGUAAAGUAUUCUCCAAAGCGAAAAGAGAUAAGGCUUUAGCUAAUGUGUUUGGAUUCUCAAGUGGUGCAGUCUCUUCAAAACGUAAAAAAAAGUUGUCGAGUUUUCGGAGAAUAUCUGCCGCACACCAUUGCAAUGGGAAAAACUUCAGUUCAGAAUCCAGCGAAUGGACUUCUGAAAGUGAUAGCGACUAUGUGUCGCCUCCCCGAGACCGUAGAAAUAGCAGAACAGCAAGGAAAUAUUUAAAACCAAAAUCAGCUCGCAUUCAUUCCCUUGAAGAAGAAGGAGGUCUCUUUGUUAUGUACGGAAAGAAAAUAUACCCACUAGUCAAAGACGGAAAGACGAUAAAAAAUUACGCCAUUUAUUCGCCUGACAGUGACCCAGAUGAAGAAGAAAAUUAUUGGAAAAUGAAAUAUGUCGAGGAAAGAAAACGCGUAGAGGAAUUGAAAAAAUUUAUAACCAAAUCUCAAAGAGACAUUGAACGGGCACCGUCGCCGUUACCUACAAAUUCUUCAAGGAAUCGUGCCACCUCACCAAUUCGACGUUCUCCACCCGAAAUCGUAAUUAGUAGCGAUAAUGACAAAGAAGUAGUUCCUAAAGAAACGGUUGAAAAGAAAGAACCAGUUGCUGAAUCAAAAAACAAAACUCUCAAAAUUACUUUUGCCAAAAAUAACCAGGAAGUACAUUUAGAAGGGCACUGGUCACAAUUACACCCAGUACUUGCAGAUGUCGUGGAAAUCUUCCACAAAGAUACAGACGCUCCAAAGGAACCCACUGUCAAAAGCUCUGUACCGAACCCACCAGUGGAAUUGGUCAGAGAGAAAUCUCCUCUUGUUCUUACUCCAAUUGAUGAAGAUAUCCGCGAAAAAGUGAAUAAGUUAGAAACUGAAAUCUUCAAAGAAAUUGAGCAGAGAGAUCAACAAGAACACGCUGACACAAAGGAACAGACUGAAAACAAUGUUACUAAAAGAAAAAGGCCGAAUAAAUUAUCGACCAAUUCAUCUGAUGCAUCUAAUUCUCCAAAAGUCUCUCCAAGCUCAUCUCGUGUAUCGAAACGAGCGAAAAUUCCCAAAAAGACUGAAGAAAUAAUCCCCACAAUAGAUAGAGAAAUGACAGAUAAAGAAGCAGAUAGUAAAGAGAUUAUGAAUAAUAAUAUUGGAGACGAGAUAGAGAAAGGCAUAAAGACGCCGUUGCCUGACCAAAAAAGCAGCAAAACUAGUGUUGCUAGUAUAAAAAAGCAAACUCCCAAAAAGGAAACUAGAACAAAAGAAACGCCAAAUCUGUCAGUAGCCACAAAGGACAACAGGAAAAGGCCUAGAAGGUCCAAACCUCUCGAUGCUGUUAACGCAAUGAAAAAAUCGAUAACCGCUGAUGACGAAUCAGAAAUCCGUUAUAUGCUGCCACCUACGAAGAAAGCUUCAGGAAAGGCAUCCAUUAGCAUCGGGAAGGCAAACAAAUCGACCAAGCAUUACUCAAUACGUAUUCCAAGCACAUUGUCACCUCCACAUCUGUCACAGAACUCGGAUAGUACUCAAGGUUAUCUGGAUUCCGACGUUAGUCCAACUAAACUAUGGAGCAGGAAAAAACGAAGAUUGAGUCUGUCCACCGUAUUAUGUAAAAACAAGAAUAAGCACAUGCGAAUGAAAAGGAAUUCGUACCCGAUCAUAACAAAUGAAGCGUCUAGCGAUUCCAACAAUUCAUACCAUAUUGUUAUUAAACCUACUAACGCCGACUGCAGCCUAAAAUCUGACGAAUACAGAUCGGAAUCAUAUCAGAUACUUAUGCCACACAAACGGGAUAUGUUCGAACACCUCGAGAAAAUUGAAGAAGAUCCUUCAUCGAUCAUUGAUUGCAAUAUUAAUCAAAAUUCAAAUGCCGAUAUAAUUAAAGAAAAAAUUUGCAUGAAUAUCAUUAAUGAUGUUACACCACCUUUGGCAAUCGUUAAUACAGACGUUGUUAAUUCCAGUAACAUUUCUUUGCCGCUAUCACCAGAAAUAUCGAUUGUAGAAAAUUUGACUGUCGGUAAAGAUCUCAUAAACAGUGUAAAUAAUCAACAUACUCUGAACGAAAAUUAUGUAAAUGAAACAACAGAAGUCAUAGUUCAUAAUAAAUACUUGAUAUCUCACAUAGACGUAUCCAUGCCAUUAGUGCCACAGGAAUCUGAUAUUCAUAAAAAACUUCAGGGAACAUUUAAAUCAGACUUCACUCACAAUGAAACUAAGAAUUCAGUUGAAUCUGAAUCGUUUUUGAACAAAAUAAAUACUGUCAACAUGGAAGAAGGCACAUCAUUAAGCGUUUCGUUAGAUACUAGACUAAAGGAAUUACUAUUAGAUAGUGCAAAAAAAAUGUCUAUAGCAGAAGAAAAUACCGUUGAAGUAUAUCCUGGAGAAGUUAUUAAAAAACCGAGAUCCAGGCGUUGCUCUACGCCACGUAAAAAAAAAGAAAUCAAGAAAACUAAAUUGGCGAUAGUGGACCCUGUUAUAGAGGAAGAAUGCAUGGAAUAUUGUUCUUAUGGGGGUAGAAAGUCUUGUCCACCGACUCUUGAAGUUACUGUCGACAAUGCAAUCAAUGAAGAUAUUACGUUUGAUAAAGAAUUUAUAGCCAAAGACAAAUUAAAGGGAAGGAAAAAGAAAGAUGUUAUCAAAGUAAAAAUAACAAGGCCUAAGGCCAAAAUUCAAAAAGAUGAAAAGAAUCGAAACAAAGUUAAGAAUGCCAGCCGGGCAUCAAUACCGAUAAAUUGUCAAAUAAAUGAUAACGAAUCGGGUAUAUCUAUACAUGAUACGAGCGAUGGUAUUGAUUUGAUACAUAAUCAUUCUGAUACGUGCCUCCAAGCAAACGAAUGCAUUGGGGACAGUGUAGAGUUUCUAGAAAUGACUGCAAAAUCUAUUAUUUCUAUCAAUUCUAAUUCAACUACAUCUUGCGAUUGUAAAACUCAACAACAGUUUGAUUUCCACGACUGUGUAGACAUAUCACUGUUUUGUAACAAUGCCCAAGAUGGCACUAAUAUUCGUGCAGCAAACGAACUUGUCAAUACUGAAGCAACAAGUGACACAGUAUUUCACAGCCCUAGUGACAUAUCAUUGACUAGUCUUAUAACAGAAGACUUAUCUGAUGAAAAUCCACCACGCCCACAAUCUACAAAAUGGUAUUUGCUCGGCGAUGAUGAGACCCACACAAACGCAGAUCAUAAUCUGAAUGCGUCGAAUUUCGGCGCCAAUCUCAAACAGUUGUUCCCUCUGACCUGUUCUGUUCCUAAUCUUUCCACAAUAACCGAAAUGUCAAAAGAAAAUGAGGACAACAGUAGAAAAACGACUUUAGAGGGAUCAAUAUUUGAUAGUAACAUGAACACCUUAGAUUCGCAUGGAGCAUUUGAUAUGAAUUUAGUAUAAUUUGCAAGUAUUUAAUGGACGAAGAAUUUAUUAUUAUAUGUAGCGGCAAAGUUUUUGAGCAAAACCAAAGUCAAAUAAACUUGCGCAGUAGACGAUUUUGUAUGCAAAAUUGCUACUACGAAGGUUUCCUUGUCUAUGAUCGAUGCUUAAAAAAUUUGCCUGGGUGUAUACGAAUGUUGACAAUGGGCGCAGAGCGCUCAUUUUUUUAUCAAUUUAUAAUGUGCAUUUUAUUAUCUCCCGCCGUAGUUUUGCGAACCGAUGGCGUAGCUUUUUGACCUUCACAAGUGCUUGUAACAGCCUAGACUGAAUA